CGCACGCUAAGACUCGCUGCCGCCCACCCCUCUACCGUCGUCCCCGCGUCUCGACACACAAACGUACAGCGCAUUGCUCUGCUCAACUUCAACUGCGAGUUAUGAGCACGCCCGAAACUGCUUUUACUCACACCCAGAAGAAGACCGUUUUUUAGUUUCGUGUUUUUAUUGCCUUUUUUUUUUUACUGACUUCCUGCUAACACUGCCAGGCCCCCACGAGCAGCACCACGGCAGAAACUGCUCAGAGAAUCUUCAGACGGCCAGAUGGUAAAUCUGAGAGAGAGAAGACUAUCCACUCUAUCACUGCGUACCCCCAAACACACUCCUGCAGUGAGUUUUCACUUCGCAGCACAGAACAGACUGAUCCUCACCCACUGUGGACUACACAGACCAGACUGAUCCUCACCCACUGUGGACUAAAUUUUUCAGGCACCAGAGGAACGUGUUAGGUCAGUCAGACACACUCACAAUGUUAGAGUGGUCUGAGGAGACAGCAUGAAGUGACACUGUGCUAAACAGUAUGAGGCACCUUAAAGACAGUGUGGCGAGACACUGUGCUACACAGUCUGAGGCACAUUAAAGACAGCACAGAGAGAUUCUUUAUCAUCUGCAUGAGCACAUUUCAGCACAUUUUUACUGCUAAUAUAAGUCAGACCUCAGACCUCAGGAUAUAUUAUGGUCAUUUACUUUAUGAAUAUUUUCAUAUCAGGAAACUCUAACCCUCCGUUGCAAAUUCUUUCUUGGAGUUAAAGGGAUUGUGACCACCUCCUGUGGAUCCGUGCCUGAAAGGGAUCUUAUUUUCUGUCUCCAUGAAUCUGGGCAAGCUUGCAGACUUUAAGGGCCUGGUGCCGGCGACUCAGGGCAAGCGGCACUAUAAGCGCGAGCUCUCAGCAGACAUGAUCAGCCCGCCCCUCGGGGACUUCCGUCACACCAUGCAUGUGGGGCACGGUGGCGAUAUCUUCGGUGACACCUCGUUUCUUAGUAACCAUGGAGGUGGUGGAGGGGCUGAGGGUGAGGGCUCCGGCUGCAAGGCGACAGGUUUUUUCUCACGCACACUACGGCAUAUUAGGAGGAACCCCCAGGCCAGGUUGACAGGAGAGUCAGAUGACCUGUCCCCAUCGCCUCCGCCCGUAUCACCCAUCAUAAAGAAUGCCAUCUCCUUACCACAGCUGUCCCUAACCACACCCAACGGCCACACACAGGGGGCGCUGUUCCCCACCUCCAGCAGCUCUCCGGAACAGCCACUCUACUCUUACGGCCUCCAGUCGGGCUUUGUUACGUUGCCUCGUCUGACUCGCCAUGACAGGAACUUGGCAGAAUCACCACCACUAACUGAAUAUUACCAUGGUUCUCUGCCAGACGGCAUCAAUCUUCCCCUCGCACGCUCCGAUUCCCUCACCUCCUUCACCGUCGACCUUGGCCCUUCCCUCAUGACUGAGCUCCUGAGUUUGAUUGACAGCUCAUGUAGCUUCACCAGGACCAACCAGGACCUGAAGGAGGAGGAGAAAGAGGAGGAGCCAAACUCAUUGUUUGAUAUGCUGGAGGGGAGCUCGCAUGUGUGCUUGCAUGCUGCUUCUAUAACUUCUAGCCCGCAGAUGGACAGUGUUAACAGCAGAGGGCGCUCUUGCAGCCCAGACCGGGUCCAGCAGCGCACAGAGAGGGAUGAGAAUGGGGCUGCUCUUAAAAGGGCAAUGCCAGAUGCUUCUCUGUGGUCCCCAGUGAGAGUGGAGCCCAUUAUGGAAGCUGAGAGGUUCCAGCAGGCAACCGAUUUACUGGCACGUCAUUAUGGAGGAGGUAGCAUCUUAAAGGGGCGACAGAGGUCACCAUUCACCUUCCCUGAAGAAGAGGAGGAAAUCAAAGUCUGAAUAUGGAGGAAAAGUAUUAAAAAACACAGCCUUCUGUACAAUACAUUAAACCUGGAGGAAAGGGUGAAAAGAAGUCCACUGGUUCUAUUGAACUUAUUUCUGUCUUUUCUUAGAUAAAACUAAACACUUGUUUGAUGUCACCACAAGAUGAUUUUAAGAAGCACAGUAGUUAACCGUGAUAUGCAACCCUCUGCAAACACACUGAAGAGAGUGGAAAUAAGGAAAUGAAUGAAAACAUUUACCAUCACUUACAUUUUUUUUUUAUUUUGUGUUUUUCCAAGUCUUCAACAGGGAAGCAUUAUGAUAUCUCAGAUGGUUUCUGUGUAAAGACUACCCCCCAGCAGCUGUUCAGUGUUGAGUAUGGAACUCUCACUAUCACUGUUCCUAAUGUAUUCUGUUCACUACUGUCUGUAUUUAACUCACACUAUCACUGUCCCUAAUGUAUUAUGUUACCUGCAGUCCCGCAAAAAUGUUUUCACUGGCUUUUGUAACAUUCACUACAAUGUCAUAUAGUAUUUAAUAUUCUUAAUUAUGUUCUUAUAACUUGUGGCAUAAGUACCAUCCAUGUAAAUAAACCACACAUUUGUGAUGCACUUAAAGAAAUAUAUAUUAUGAUAAUACAACAUUUUGGAAAGUGCAGGUGUACAGUUUUCUUACAGUGAGCAAGUUAUAGACAGCUAUAAUGUAUGUAAUGUAUAUAAUACAGCAGGUAAUAGAGAGCUCUACUAUAAUAUAUAAUAUAACAGGUUAUAGACAGCUCUACUACACAAUUACAAGUUAUAUAGUGGGGGAGAGAGGGUUGAUCUUUAUAAAUGAAUUAUAUAAAGGAGUUUUAUAUAAAUUAUAUAAAA